CAAAAGGAAGUCAGCGAAGCCAUGCGCGCCGCCACCACCGCCGGGCCCAACGAGUCCUCGUGGGCGCUGGUCAACGCGUCCGACUGCCCGGGCUGCGGCGCCAACGCUUCGGAUGGCGAGGGCCCUGCGCCGCGGCAGGUGGACGCCUGGCUGGUGCCCCUGUUCUUCACAGCGGUGAUGCUGGUCGGCCUGGCCGGCAACUCGCUGGUCAUCUACGUGGUCUGCCGCGACAAGCAGAUGCGGACAGUCACCAACUUUUACAUUGCUAACCUGGCGGCCACCGACGUGACCUUCUUACUGUGCUGCGUACCCUUCACGGCCCUGCUGUACCCGCUGCCCGCCUGGGUGCUGGGUGACUUCAUGUGCAAGUUCGUCAACUACAUUCAGCAGGUCUCUGUGCAGGCCACGUGUGCCACGCUGACCGCCAUGAGCGUGGACCGCUGGUACGUGACGGUGUUCCCGCUGCGAGCCCUGCACCGCCGCACGCCCCGCCUGGCGCUGGCUGUCAGUCUCAGCAUCUGGGUGGGCUCUGCGGCCGUGUCGGCUCCGGUCCUCGCCCUCCAUCGCCUCUCGCCCGGGCCGCGCAUCUACUGCAGCGAGGCCUUCCCCAGCCGCGCCCUGGAGCGCGCCUUCGCGCUCUACAACCUGGUGGCGCUCUACCUGCUGCCGCUGCUCGCCUCGUGCGCCUGCUACGGCGCCAUGCUGCGUCACCUCCGCCGGGCCGCUGUGAGCCCCGCGCCCGCCGACGGUGCCCGGCAGGGGCAGCUGCUUUCGGAGCGCGCGGGUGCCGUGCGCGCCAAGGUCUCGCGGCUUGUGGCCGCCGUGGUCCUGCUCUUCGCCACCUGCUGGGGCCCCAUCCAGCUCUUCCUGGUGCUGCAGGCGCUGGGCCCCGCGGGCGCCUGGCACCCUCGCAGCUACGCCGCCUACGCGCUCAAGACUUGCGCGCACUGCAUGUCCUACAGCAACUCGGCGCUGAACCCGCUGCUCUACGCCUUCCUGGGCUCCCACUUCCGCCAGGCUUUCCGCCGCGUCUGCCCCUGUGCCCCCCAGCGCGCCCAGCGCGCCUGCCGGCCCGGACCCUUGGACCCUGCCGGCCCGCACGCUGAGCUGCGCCGUCUGGCCGCCCACCCGGCCCCCGCCAGGACGCCAAAGGCGCACAGCGGCGGCCCGGGAGCAAGAGUGCCGUGCGCCCUGGCACCGGACUGGGCACGCGCAGAGGCGGCUGUGGGCAUGGAAACGCUGCCCUAUCGUUCUAAGUGUUCCUAA